UUUGAGGUUACGUUCCACCCGUCAGUCACUAAACACAAAAACGUGCUUGAAUACAUAAGCACGAUACCGGAUUGAGUUUCAAUUUUAUUUUGAUUUUUGAUAGUUUUUCUUUCGCAGUGAACUAUCAAAAUGACGAUGGUGAAAAAGCGUUUGUCGAAAAAGACCAAAGGGUCGUGGCGAAAAAUCGAGCAUGAAGAUGUGGAGAAUUUCCUCGAAGAUCAGCGUUUGGAAGAGCGCAUGGGAAAAGUCUCGGAGAAAACAAACGAUGAGUUGUUUGUGGUUGACACAGAGCCAACGAAAAAGAAGAAAAAGAAAAUUGGAUUGACGUUGCGUGAGAAACGAAAGAAGCUGCUCGAAUCGACGCCAAAAUGUUUUGCAUCACUGUUGAACGAAUCAAAAGUGCCAGAUCCAAUCGCCAAACGGAAUCGUGUACGAACAAAAGAGGAACGGAAGCAUUUCAUUGCCAAAAGUUUGGAGCAAGCCAAUGAGGUAAAAGGCAUUGUGAAGAAAAAAGUGUUGACAUCAUUGGCUGAUCGAGCCCGGUCAUUGGAAACGGCUGAAGCUAAGCGCAAGGCCAACAAGCAGAAGGUAUUCGAUAAGGAUAUUUGGGAAAUGAGCACGCCAGCCGAGCAACGAACCGAAUUCCAAAAUGAAUGGUUCGAUAAAAAUGUUGCGAUACACAACAUUGUCAACACAGGCACACCGGUAGUUUCGGUACCAUCAUCAGCGUUCCACAAACGCAGCAAUUUAAAGGCUGUUCAAGCGCCACAUCCAGGCACCAGUUACAAUCCAACGCUGAAAGACCAUCAAGCCUUGCUGGAAUUGGUCAAAGAGCGUGAAUUGAAUAUAAUCAAACAGGAGGAGCAUUUGAACCGUGUUACAACGGAAAUGUUCAAAAAGGUAUCAGCCGAUGAACGCGACACAUUCAAGCUCAAGGAAUUGCGUGCCGGUCUCGAUGACGAUGAGGACCACGAUGAGAAGGCUUCAGACGAUGAAUAUAUCGCCGUGAAUCCACCGGUUGAAGUCAAGAGAAAAGACAAAAAAGCCAGACGAAAACAGAAAACACAGCGUGAAUUGCAGCUAGCCUUGCAAAAGAAGAAACAAUUGAAGAAACAAACAGCCGAUUUGCAUCGAUUGAAAAAGUUGACGGCCGAAAUUAAGGUAAUGGAAAAUGAAUUGAAAGAACAGCGCGCCAAAAAGAAGGAGCGAGAGGAGAAAAAGCGUGAAGAACCACAUCGUUUGAGCAAACAUGCCUUUGAAGAGGAGGAAAUCGACAUUAAUUUGCCGGAAGAAAUUGCGGGUAAUUUGAGAAACGUUAAACCACAAGGAAGCCUUUUGAGCGAUCGAUACAAGAGCAUGCAGAAACGUAACAUUAUCGCCACAUCCAAGGAUCUUGGCUUGCGCAAACGUCGCGAAGUCAAACGAUAUGUUCGUAAUUCACACAAAGAAGAGGUGCCACAACCGGUCAAAUCGAAAAAGAAACGAAAGUAAACAGUUAUUGGAUGAUUUUCCAAAACAUUUUUCUUUUCUUUUUAUAAGAGUUAUUCAAAUUAUUAUUAUGCAAAUAAAACGAAAACACUUAUUUCAAAAUCACA